UCUCUGUGUGUGUCCGGAGGAGGAAGAUUUCUUCGGAGGAAACCGGGACGUUCCCCUGAACCCCCCCUCUCCUCUCCGCUCCUCUCCGGGGCUGAGUUACGCUACGAUUCUGGCGGCCACCAGCAGCAGCAGCCCAGGAAGCUGAACCAGCAGCGAGUUCCACUUCUCCCAAGACAAUCUUUGGAAAAUCCGAAAAGGAAAAGAAGACGGGGAGGGAGGGGAAGAAAAAAGGGAAGAAACUCGAGCACUUGAGGGAAGAAGCGGUGGCUAGAAGGAGGGAAAAGAGCAAAGAGACUGUGCGAGAAGGAAGGAAGGAAGGAGGAGGAGAAGCAGCAGCGCUUUGCAGCUGGGCAGAAGCCGGGACCAUGCAGUUUCCAGCCGGGCUGUGCUGAGAGGGGCAGCCCCGGACCCACCGCCAGCCUCUGCCUCCUCGCUGCUCCAGGCUGCAGGCACCCCCAGAACGGCAUCACCCCUCGCCCCGUCCAUCUUUCUUUAAAAAUCAAAACCAAAACAAACCAAAAACAGACUGAGAUUUUUUUUUUCCGUGCGUUUAAUCCGCUCCUUUUUUUUUUUUUUUUUCCUAUUUUUUACCUAAUUUGCUUUUUUGCCCCUUAUCUUCACCCCUCCACUUUUUCAUUCACCCCCUUUUUUCACUAGAUAUAUAUAUAUAUUUUUUUUUUUUUUUUUUACAACCCCCACCCCCCACUACACGCCUCCUCUACCAGCGAUCCCCCUACCGCUCCCCCCCCCCGCCCCCCAAUUCGCUAACUUGUGGCUGUUGUGAUGCGUAUUCCCGUAGAUCCCAGCACCAGCCGGAGGUUCAGCCCCCCCUCCAGCAGCCUGCAGCCCGGCAAGAUGAGCGAGGUCAGCCCGGUGGUGGUAGCCCAGCAGCAGCAGCAGCAGCAGCAGCAACAGGACGCGGCGGCCGCCGUGCCCCGGCUGCGCCCCCACGAUAACCGCACCAUGGUGGAGAUCAUCGCUGACCACCCCGCCGAGCUGGUCCGCACCGACAGCCCCAACUUCCUCUGCUCCGUCCUGCCCUCGCACUGGCGCUGCAACAAGACCCUCCCGGUGGCGUUCAAGGUGGUGGCCUUGGGAGAAGUGCCCGACGGGACAGUGGUGACUGUCAUGGCUGGAAACGAUGAGAACUACUCUGCAGAGCUGCGGAACGCUUCUGCUGUGAUGAAGAACCAGGUGGCCAGAUUUAAUGACCUACGAUUUGUGGGCAGAAGUGGAAGAGGGAAGAGCUUUACUUUGACAAUAACUGUCCUGACAAAUCCCCCACAAGUCGCUACAUACCACAGAGCUAUAAAGGUUACAGUGGAUGGGCCAAGAGAGCCAAGAAGGCACAGACAGAAGCUUGAUGACUCUAAACCUAGUUUGUUCUCUGAACGCCUCAGUGAUUUAGGGCGCAUUCCUCAUCCCAGUAUGAGAGUAGGGGUCCCGACCCAGAGCCCACGGCCCUCUCUGAACUCUGCACCAAGUCCUUUUAAUCCACAAGGACAGAGUCAGAUUACAGACCCCAGGCAGGCGCAGUCAUCCCCGCCAUGGUCCUAUGACCAGUCUUACCCAUCCUACCUGAGCCAGAUGACUUCGCCAUCCAUCCACUCCACAACUCCCCUGUCCUCCACUCGAGGCACGGGACUUCCAGCCAUUACCGAUGUGCCCCGACGCCUCUCAGGUGCUUCAGAGCUGGGCCCAUUUUCAGAUCCCAGGCAGUUCACAAGCAUUUCAUCCCUCACUGAGAGCCGCUUCUCCAACCCACGAAUGCACUAUCCAGCCACCUUUACCUAUACACCGCCAGUCACCUCAGGCAUGUCACUGGGUAUGUCCGCAACCACUCACUACCACACCUACCUACCACCACCCUACCCCGGCUCUUCCCAAAACCAAAGUGGACCUUUCCAGACCAGCAGCACUCCAUAUCUCUACUAUGGCACUUCGUCAGGAUCAUACCAGUUCCCCAUGGUGCCGGGAGGGGACCGCUCCCCUUCCAGGAUGCUCCCGCCGUGCACCACCACGUCCAACGGCAGCACCCUGCUAAACCCUAACUUGCCCACCCAGAGUGACGGGGUGGAGGCGGAUGGCAGCCACAGCAGCUCCCCAACCGUCUUGAAUUCUAGUGGCAGGAUGGAUGAGUCCGUUUGGAGGCCGUACUGAGAUUUCUUCCGUAGCCGGCCCGACCUCCGCAAGCCAAAAAAAAAAAAACCAAAAAAAACACCAAACCACCAAACGGUCGACUAACUAUGAAGUGCCUGCUUUUUGUUUUAUUUUUUUUUUAAAAAACAGAUUUUAACAAUAUGUGCAACUGUGUAGAUGGGAUGAUAAUGGCCAUAAAUAAUACAAGAGUUACCAACACACCACAACCCAUGUUUCAGAUUAUGUGAAUCAAAGCACAUAUUUGCUUUUUUUUUCCCCUUGGAACCAUUUUACCUUGUUUUGUAUUUAAAAUGUACUUUCUACACACACACACACAAAGAAAUUCAUCCCCUCAUUUUAUUUUCUUUUUUUUUUUUCUUUUUCUUUUUGGGAAUUUUUUUCCUCCUUUUUUUUUCCCCCCUAGAGUUUUGUAAUAACUAGUGAGUACUUUUGCCAACAAGGAGAGAACGGACUCCCUGGCUAUCAGGAGAAACAUGGUGAUGCAAGGCAAAGGCUACAUUCCCUUUUAUUUUAAUAAAAAAACAAAAUUAACCAUGAACUCCAGAUACAGUUGCAAUCAUACAACGUAUGGGACCCUCUCCACACCUGUAGUGCAAUUCACCUGGUUUGUAUUGGUGCACAUAAAAAGCAAAGAGCAAGUUGCUUCCAUUUUGCUAUGACCCAUUCAGACGAAAACAGCUGUCCCAAAAAACUCUGUCCAAGCCUUGCUGGGAAUAAUGGUUGGAAUUUCUCUGUGUUCAUUGCUUUUUUGGUUUGUUUUUGGGUACUUAAAGAGAAUGAGUUUUCAAGUUAGGUGAGCCAACCCCGGGGUUUCCUUUUUGCUUUUAUAUCCGUUCGUUUUGCCUUCGAUUAGCCAAAAACCAAAUAUAACAACCAAAACCUUGAAAAGCAAAAAAACAAAAUGUUAUUACUUAUGCAAAAUAUGAGAAUGGCAAUAUAUAUUACUAGAGCCAAAAUGGUAUACAUAGUAUUUGUGUUCGGCUAUGUUCUUUUUUAUUUUUUUUAAAUUAUAAAUGUAUAAAAUUUGAGUUUGUUUGCUAACAUGAAUCAUCAUUUAAUUUUAAAAGAAUAUUUAUAAUUAUUUAAUGACAUUUGGACCCUUUAAACGUUUCUUAAUGUAAUGAUAUAUUGACUUCGGUCUCUAAAAGUGUUUUUGUUUUUUUUUUUUUUUUAUUAUUACAUUUCUGCAAUAGUGUAAACCUCAGACCUUUACCCAACUCUGAAAAGCAGUUCCAGUGUGAACCAGUUUACAAUGUGACUUAAAAACAGCAAACCCAACCUAAAUGCAUCCACAUCAAAUGAUUUUGGAUGUAGGAUCUUUUUUUAUAUAACUUAUGAAGGAAAUAUUGUGUUUAAAAUAUUUUUAUUAGCUGUCUGGUUGCCUUCAACACAGUCUUGCCUUUUAAUCAGUAGUUGUGGAGACACUGGAAAAAUGGUAGGAAGGAUGAAAUAUUUUCCACCCUUCCUCUAAUUUCUUCUUCUCCAAGGAUUUUUUUCUCAGAACUUCAAAAUUUGAAAAGAUUCAUAUUUAAAAUGGUCUAUUUUGACAGAAUAAUUUAGAUUUCAACAUUUUUUUUCCCCCCCAAAGAAAAAUCAAAACCAUUUCAAAGCCCAUAUUUUGCAAAUGAUGAAUUGUUAAAUAUCUCAGAAAUGGGAUUAAGGGAGAAAUGGUGAAACAUUUUCCCCUCCCCUUGCAAUUUCAGCCCACUCAGUGGAAUUAAAAGGUUUCAAACUUGAGACAGAAACUGCCUGGUAGCGAGUCACCACCCGUUAGCAUUAAAUGCGGGAGCCGUGCGGGUGCUGUGGUGGCUCUGAAGCUGAUGUGGCUGUUGCCAUGUUAGAGGGACAAGGGCACAAGGGCAGCAAUACUCCCCUCUGCCCACACAGAGGACACAAACUCACCUCCAAAGCCACCCUGGGGCUCCCAGGGGUGGUAUGAGCACAGCAGGUUGCACCCAAACCCCAACCUGUCCAUGGCCAUCCUACCUGGCAGAGAGGCCCCAGUUUUGGCCAGCCCAGGGCUGCCACGGCAAGCAGGGAGGUGACAUGGCAUUGGCUGGACGUGGUGGGAGCUGAGCCACCCUCCCCACGCUCUCCCCAGGCAGGUGUUAAGCCUGGCUUAGUGGGAUGUUCAGCACGUGCCAGUGGGCCUGGCCAAAGCUCCCUCCCUCAGUCACGGCUGCCCGCAGCCUCCUCCAAGCUGCUCCUUGGGUGAUCUUUGGCUGCCUCCAAAGUAUGGUAGUAAACCAACGCUGGGCACAGCCACACAGAGCCAGACACCACCCUCACUGCUCGUUAGCAGCGAAGCUGUUAAACGAGCUGCCAUUAGCAUGGUACGUCCCCCCAAUCUGCGUGAUGACGUGCCCUUAAAAAUAAUAAAUUAAUAAAGUCUUUGCCUUCUAAAGGUUGUAUACCAAGUAUGCUUAAAGUAUAAGUAAGACACUUUGUUUUUCUUCUAAUACUUAGUUUUCCUUCAAAGAUGGAAGCUGUAAUUGAUUCUAUUUAUUGUUGGUUUGUGGUAGCUUGAAGCAUACCACUGUCCAUUUAUUUGUAACUGUAAAGUAACGUUUGUUAGUCUCAGCAGCACUUAAAAAACCAGUGUCUGGUUACACAUUUCAGUUUUGUGUUUUGUUUAGUAAGCAAGAGAAAAAGAGAUGUACUGCCAGUGCAAGCUGUUUCCUAUUUAAUAAAAGGUACUAUAUUUGUACAUUAUUUGUUAUUGCUGAGAAGGGCUUUUUAAGGUUUACUGUAUGCAUAUUAAGUAAUUUUUAGGGUGCUUUUGUGUUGAAAUGUUGUUAAGAGUGGCUGCAGGCAGCAACCCAGAUUUUCUUUUUUUUUUUCCUUAAGACUUUGUUGUAAAAUUCAAGCACUUGGUUUUUGUUUCUGGAUAAAUCCAGCACAGACCAGACUUUUGUUUUGCCCAAUACCGACAGGACUCUGUUUGUGUCCCCGCGGUUUUUCAACUGGACCUUUAGGGACAAACGUUGAAAACGUUUUCUCCGCCCAGUCGAGGUGCGCGUGCCUGAUCCAGUCGAUCCUUGCCCUCGUCUGACCUGGCUCUGCCUGCUUGAGAUAGGAAGGAAAGGAUUUUCUAAGCACCUGUGGACAGAGGAGCACCAGCUCUUUGAUUUUCAGUAGAUCCCCAUGCUCCUGAACCCUCCUGGUGCCUUUGGAAAAUCUGUCCUGGUAUAUCCCUGGUCAUGGAGGGAGUCGUACAGGCUGAGGCAGAGAUGCUCAUCAGAGCUUUCAGAAAAUGCUUUCAAGUUCACUUGGAAAUGCUCUUGAAUCAGAUUUACAGACCCAACCGGUGCUAUGUAGUGAAUCAUAUCAACUUAUCUGAGCUUUUGUGAGGUGCUUGGCAUCACAGAACAGAGUUUUCUCAAAGGUACGACGGCCCUUCCCUUCGGGCAGUGGCAAUCUUUGGCACUGGUCACAGAUUUAAAGAAAAGAAAUUGCCUUUUUUUUAACUUCCAGCUCUCUUAUCCUACCAAAGACUUAUUCCAGCACAACAGGCACAAUGUCCCUUUUGCAAAAUGGAGGAUUAAAUCCUCCUGUCUCUCCUUCUAAGGGUAACCAGAUCGGGUGCAGUGGGUCGGGACAGAAGAGUAAAGCAAAUUAUUUAUCCGACAGCAUCAUUCACCUGGCAUUUAUCGUUUCCUUUAAAAGCCCAGCUGCUGUGUCUUUCUUAGCAUUGAACCUUUGUUGCCAGCAGUCCCCUGAGCAAAGAUUUACCAGUUUCCACAGGUACCAUCUGGAAUGGGGAGAAUUUUGCACUUUCACCCUGAGCAAAGCAAGGCUCAGCCCCAGGCUGGGCUGCAGCAGCAGCAAGCCAUGAGCAAAAGCAAUAAUUAAACUUGGAUCAGCCAUGAGCUCAAAGAAGCCCCAUUCUAUGCCCCCCCUGAAUUUCUUGUUGUUUUUAAAUAGAAUGCAUUUCAGUUUAACAUUUUCUGAAAACUUUUUUAGAUGUUUGUUUACUUCCAUGUUUACAGAUAACUCUUUGCUUUUUUUUAAUGCAGUACUUUUAAGUAUAUCAGCCAAAACCAUACUUUUACAGUAACUUUAGGUAAUAUGAGCGACAUUCCAAUUUUUUUGUUGUUAAAUAUGCUUUACCAAUCUUGAAUUUCUGCUGGAACAAAAUAUUUGUAGCAUUUUGUGUAAAUACAAGCUUUAAUUUUUUAUUUUUUCAAAUGCUGUCACCCAAGAUUUGCUUUUCAUGCACAUAUUGUACAAACACACUCUGCUUUAUGCCACAGACAAUGAUUGUGGAUCAGUUUACUUCAACUUCAAAGGGACUAUUUGUAUUGUAUGUUGCAACUGUAAAUUGAAUUGUUUGGCAUUUUCUCAUGAUUGUAAUAUUAAUUUGAAGUUUUAAUUUCAUUUUCAAUAA